GGCGAAAGACGGUGCAAACCAGCCCUGGCUGGAGCAACAUUUGGAAGCGGAAGGAAUUCAGCGAAGUUCUGGAGGCUUUCGGCCCAGACGGUACUGGAAGUUGCACGCCUUGUGUUUUUCCUUUGCCUUUGGAGAGGCAUCAGUGCGAAGUGGGGAAUUAACCGUCCCAAAACCCCGCAAAAUCACUCGAGACAACACAGAAAAACGAAGGUAAGUGGUUAUUUAUCUGACUGUCUUCAAGCGAUUUUGGGGAUGAAAUUUUACGAUUUGCGGAAUUUAUGACACAUUUCUCGGGAUCACUUGCGUCUUACCGAGAUCGACCGUUGCAAAUUACAAAUAAUGUAAGAGUUCAACUAACAAAUAACUAACGUCACGUGGCCUCAAACACACAGGUUGUCUGCCUGUGCGUGAGCAGUACAAAGCUCAUUAUCACUUACAAGAUCCUGUUUGCUAGACAGGAAUUAACUACCCGAGAUCUUCUGCUGCUACGCUCUGGAGCAGGAUUAAAGGUCUUCACGACUUCCUUUACAGCCAUACGUGUUAACACGACCCAGUUGUUUCUUUCUUGUUUUGUUGGUAAAGUCACGGAUUCAGUUUGAAAACAAGGAAAUUACACUUGCGAAGGGACGGUGGGUCGAUAUCACAACCUCAAGGAGCCACAGUUCACCCGUUUUACUGGGAUGUCCUGAUUCUCCCGGUAAAAGCCCUGAACUUGUCCCAUAAAAUAACAAUAAAUAAUAUGACUGUAAUCUGUAAUGCUUAGGGAUGGACCUCUCCUAUUACUCUCCAGGUACGAUUUUUCGCUUCCAUUCAAAAAAGAAACCACCGGUGGCUAAUUACUCCUUCUCCAUAACUGACGGGGGGGCAGAGAUGAAAAGUCUGGUAUAAAAUGCAACAAAAACAUAUUGACGUUAUGCAUACCUUGAAUAACUGUGCGUUUUCAGCUCUUCAGAUUACGAAUAAAAAGCUCAAGGGUGUCAUUGCUAUCAAAGCUGUUUUCCCGCAACUAUCUCCGCAUAACAGAGCUGAAGAGAAAAGAAACAAUUACAAAAGCCGAGAGGGAACAUAAUUUCUGCAAAAAGGUUAUGUUAAAUUUUAUUUCUCUGUUCCUGUAGAACGUAUGAUGUGAUACCGCGGUCGCAGAUUUUCGGCUGUUCACAGUCUUUCGACUUGAACAUUCUUGAUAGCUUCAUAGAUGAUAAUAUAAAUUGAGGACCAUUUACUAUUCUUCCAUAUAUCAGUUUGAAAGCUUUCGGAUGACUGAUGGGAUUAUUAACAAAAGUAAUCGCCUCAAGGGUUGUUAAAGUUGCUAAAGCGAACAAAACAAUCUUUGAAAACAAUCCUAAGACAACUACUUUUGAUGUGUUGUCCUAUGAUGAAUAUCAAAAGUAACUUUGGCAUUAGACCAAAAAAACUUGACCGCUGUCGAAAUGUAAUUGCGGAAACCCUAUUAGUAAGCGCUGGGUCAAGGUUUAGUUCUUGAUGUCGUGUUCACAAGCUAACAGCAUGAUUGUUUUCGUCCUUCUUGUCGAAUUGUUAUCUCGAUGUAUUUAUUUAGUAAAAAAUGCGAUAAAGUGAAUGUUUAAUUAAUAAUAACUACUAAUUUGUCCAAAUUCAUAAAAUAAUCUAAAAACGAUAAUGGAAUUAUUCUAUAUGUACCUUUGUAUAGUACGUGACGUUUCCCAAGCGAGCAUGUAGAUAUUUAUUAACAAAUUUUGAAGUAGAUGGCAGUAUUUCAAACAGGAACAAGACUUCGGUGAAAGUGUUCCAACUGCCUUGUUAUCGCGAUUGCGUAUAAUAUUGGACAAAACUAUUGCGAACUUAACUUUUCUUAAGCAUGUGCAAAAUUAAUCACCAACAAAUUUAGGAGAACACGGCUGCCUUCCCAACAGGAGAAGAACUUACGAGGAUCAGAUUCUCAUUUCUCCUAGGGUAAACAUCCUCUACUGAAUUAUCCUGCGUUUCUAGGUUGGUGAGAAAUUAUUUACCAAAAUAUUUUGGAUACUACGGCAACUUUCAAAACAGGAAAAAAAGUUCUAAAGUGUUCCAGCUGCCUUGAUCUUACACUGCUGAGAUGUCAGGGAAUCUUUCACAAACUGCAUCUCUGAGAACAAGAGCCAUUAACUAGUCCCACAAUGCUUGACACGCAACGAAAAUCUAUACACAACCUUGAAGUGUCAAAAAGAAGUAGUCUAAUUUUAGUGCUUUGUAAAUGUUUUUAAUCUAAUAUAUAAGGUUCACAUAGCAACCAGGUGAACAAUCAGACAUGGUUUGAUGCUACUCUGGUUUACAGGUUUAAUGAAUGUAACCGAAUAAGUUACAAUUCAUAGACCCAACGUUUCGAUACUCCUGUCUAGUGCGCGCCUUCAUCGGGGGUGAUCCAAACGCUGCAACAAGAGGUCCUUUUAUACGCUCACUAACUAGCUGCCUUUUUUCUGACGAGGUGUAAAUAGGCUUCAGGAAGUUAGCCGCAAUCAUCACGAUUUAAAGGAGCGUGAUGAUCAACAGGUUUUUAGUGCAGCUAUGGGUUCACCCGUCUCUGCUGUCAUUGCCAACAUGGUUGUGGAAGACGUGGAACAAAGGGCCUUAGCCACUUCACCAGUUAAACCCUUUUUCUGGAAACGAUAUGUCGAUGAUGUUAUUUUGCGGUAUCCGGAAAUGAAGCGGAACGCCUCCUAUCGUAUUUGAAUUCAGUGAAGCCGUCUAUCCAAUUCACCCUUGAGCGUGAAAAGGAUAGACAUUUGCCCUCUCUUGAUUUAAAUGUGUCCAGAGGGGUUCAGGGGAAUUUAGAGACAAGUGUCUAUCGUAAACCUACCCACACCGACAAAUACAUCGCUUUCGAUUCUCACCACCCGAUUUGCCAUAAAAAGUCUGUAGCCAAAACUUUACUCAGGAGGGCUGACUGUCUACCAUCUUUACUCGAUUCUAAGGCUGAGGAGAGGAAAUAUGUUUCUUAUGUCCUAAAGGCGAAUGGCUAUACAAAACAUUUCUCCGUAACUGCCAAAAACCAGUUACAGCUUGUAGCACUUCUGAUGAAAGGGAACCAGCGAAUGGUUUUGCUGUUAUUCUUAACAUUCCGGUUGUUAUGGAACCCAAUAAGAGAAUUUUGAAUAGCCACAACGUUGAUGUUACUCAAAAACCUUUUAAGACUUUAGGGCAUAUUUUUGCCAAACUUAAGGAUCCUGCCACGAAAGAACAACGAACCGACGCCAUUUAUUCUAUUCCUUGCAAUGACUGUGACAACGAAUACAUCGGACAUACCAAACGCCAGUUUGGUACACGUUUGAAAGAGCAUCAAAAAGCGGUUUUCUUUUGCAAAAAAGAAAAUUCAGCUUUAUCGGAGCGCACAUGCCUAACUAACCAUACAAUUGGGUGGGAAAAGUCUAAAAUCAUCACCACCAAUCGGCGUUACAAUCAGUGCCUUUGUUUGGAAGCUUGGCAUAUCAACUCCGCCCACGCUCCUUUAAAUCGUGAUGAUGGCAGCUUACUUCCUUGACGCCUAUUUACCCCUCGUCAGAAAAAAGGCAGCCAGUUAGUGAUCGUAUAAAAGGACCUCUUGUUGCAGCGUUUAGAUCACCUGGAAAAAGCAGAAUUGUAAUAAUAUCCUAAAUUGAUACCCAGCAUGUUUAACCUGUGGACCGGAGAAAAAUGAAACAUGCCAAAAUCGUAUAAUACUUCGCAACUUCUCCAUUGUGAGACUUGUGAGUAAAAUAUCACGCCCUCGUCUUGCCGCGCGUUUGAUUGAAAACGAGAAUAACUCAAAAUAAAUGUUCUCUCAAAAACUAGAGAUAAUUUCCUCGAUCAGUACAUCUUGUGUCAUCAACAUCGUUGCAAGAAUUCUGUGCUUUUGUAAAACAGGAAUCCUCUUCUUGGGUAGACUUGUUGGUUCCAGAAAGUGAGCGCCUCAUUAGAAAACAGCUGUGCGCCAGCGCCUGCUCUCUGCGAAAAUUUGGAGAAGCUAGACAGGAGUGUCGAAACGUUGGGUCUAUGAAUUGUAACUUCUUCGGUUACAUUCAUUAAAUCUGCAAACCAGUGUAGCAUCAAACUAUGUCUGUUUGGAGAAGCUGUUGACAGCUCCUUACUUUUAACAAAGAUUGUCAAAAUCCGCUGUUAAACUCUGAUAGUUUUUAAUGAGACAGAAUUACUUUUAAGCAGGACCUGCUUUUUUUUUUGCAAAAGAUAAAGAAAAAAAACUCGCACCUUCUUCAUUGUGAGACUUGUGAGUGAAAAAAUAUCACACCCUCAUCUUGCCACGCGUUUGAUUGAAAACGAAAAUAACUCAAAUACAUGCUCUCGCAAAAGCUAGAAAUCAUUGCUUUGAUCAGUAUAUCUUGUAUCAUCAGCAUAGUUACACGAAUUCGGCGCUUUUGCAAAGAAGGAUCCUCGUGUUAGGUAAACAUGUUGGUUCUAAAAAUGAUGAGCCAGAAACAAGGUCUUUAAUCGCCUCUAGACUCUCCACAGAAAACCGUUACUUUCGAUUGUAUUUAACACCAGUAGUAAGACCAAAAAAUAUAUUUGUACGUUGACUUUUUUCUAGGUGACUUGACUAACAUAUAGAGAGAGAUGGUUUAAAUGAGUCACUGCAAUACGGAUAAAUUUAAUUAUUUUUGAAAUUUGCGAACCUUUGGCUCGAUUCACUAAACGAGGGUCAAGUCUACCCUUGGGUACACCGAUGGAGAUUGAUUUUACUAGUGCAUAUUUAAACUACCCACUCCCCCAGUGCAACAAAAUUAGAUCAGUUACGAGCUUUUCCGCCUCCCUUCGGCCAAAUUCCCUCAGGACUAUCAAGUACUCAGGACUUUUGUUUGAUGCUUAAUGGAAAAGUUGACCCGGAACAAUAGGCCAUUUCUUGAUACGACGAUUACUUCAAAUAAAGAUAUUUGUGGCCAAGAAAACUAUGAAAAGCAGUUACAAGUCUUUUCGAUAGUUCACUUCUCUUGUCUCAUCCUUGUCUUUAAGUGAUUGAAAAUGCAACUCCAAGUAAUCAAAAAAAAAAAAAAAAAAGAAUUGCAAGGGUUUAUUUAUAGUCCUUAGGAAAGAAACAGCAUCCAACAUCCAGCCUGCUAAACAAUAAUUUGCAUUUUAAUGAACUAAAAACAUUUUUCAACAUAACUGGUAUGAAUUAGUCCUUAAAAUAUCUGCUCCAGAUCCCCAGAAGAAGUUGCUCAAAAUUUUCAAUUCCUUGAGAAUAAUUCCCUCUGGCAUAAAAUUGGAACAAAUGGACCGCCAGUUCUAAAUUUGCUGUUAAAAAGUUGAUGGAAAUGGCGUACGGUUUAAUUAGUUUUGAAUCUGUCUAAAGGGAAUUUUUCCGUGUCUGUUGCAGUCCAGGUGUUUUAAGUCAAUUCUUUACUCGCUUUUUACCGAAACGCACACUGUUUGGAUAUGAUAAUAUAGAAACAAACUUUGACUUUGAUAUCUCACUCGUGCCCUUUCUAAUCAGUUGUGACACCCCUUGUCACGAGCCCAUCUAUUUCUAAACCAAAGUUCUUCUUACUCGGGUUUAGGACCCAACUAUAGUGAACACCCCUUUAAGGAAAUUUGGUUUCUUUUCCUUACCCCUCACUCCUUAAUUCCUCUCGCCUCUUCCAUUUCCUGUUACCUCAAAUUCAAAGCUGGUGUCAGAGGAGUUAGAGAGCAUAUUAGUUAUUUACCACUUUCUACUCACAUGCAGCAGAAAGUGGAAAGCGGCAUGCACUAAAUAAGUUUUUCGUUAAGGCUAACUUUCACUUUACAAUUUGAUUAGCAGCAACAUGUGGAUGAUAACCUUGUUGAUGGUGGCGCUGUUGGCUCAUGUCACGCAAGGUGUAUUCAGGUACGAUACUGGCAAGGGCUUGGUUUACGGGCUAUCGGUGGUGCAGGAUGUCACGAUUGAAAGGCCAUACAGCAAUCACUACGGUUUGCCGUUCCUUCUCGUUUCCCGACAUCCUGGUUAUCCUAACAAGCGAUCGCUUGUACAGUUUGAAAACCUACCAAGGUCCUGCCCAGCUGACAAGGUCGUUUCUGCGAAGAUGUACCUAUAUUAUGUCUACGCACACAAACCCAGCUGGCAUCCCAUCACCAGAACCCCUUUUGUUCCCCGUUAUAUGCAGGUUCAUUUAGUGAAAAAAUCCUGGAACGAGCAUCAAGCUACCAGCUCCAAGCGUUCAUCAUCUACCUAUUGGUCGAAACAAUACCUUGGUUUGGAUAACACUGACGCAGAGGCGAACCCCCAGGAUGUAAACCCCGUCGAUAUCUUUCCAUAUCGCCCUAGAGGCAUCGUGGAGUUCGACGUCACUAAAGCAAUCAUAGCGUGGCAGAAAGGAGUACCCAACUACGGCCUAGUGAUCCGUGCAAUUAACGAGUUAGAAAUCGGAAGAGGGAUUCGAUUUGCAAGCAGUGCAGAUCACGAUCGUUCAAGACAUCCGUACGUUCUUGUUCUAUGCAAACAGUAAAGAAAACAUGUCAUUCUUGCCCUCCCUAUUAUAAAGAGUAGAGUUUAAUGGUAUCGUAUAACAGAUGGG